UGUACCUCUUACCUGUUUCAGGCAUUUGCCUGAUAAAACCACACUCAAAGAGACGGAAUAAAUAAAAAAAUCUUGGCGUUGAAUGGUUAUUAUCCAACAUGACACAAUAGCAAUAAAAAAGGAGACACUAAACAAUAAAUUGCAAGCUUGUAUUCACACCAUGCCUUACGCAGACAGCUAAUCACAACCACUGGGAAUAUGAAUUUAAGUGCCCACAAUUCUUCAUUAUAAAUGUCUCACAUCUCUUCUUUUUAGGUCUCUCUUUGUAUUGAUUUCUUCUUGGUAAAAACUCAGAUAUUUUGGGAUCUGGGUUUUAUCUGUUUUGUGAUUCUUGUUAAGUUCAUUCUAAAAAACCCAGAUACAUUUUUUUUGAUCCGUGUUACUGGAUUUUGUUUUGUCUUUUGUUGACGGUGCAGUGAUUCCGGAUUUUUGUUACUUGGUUUUACUUGUGUUUGUGUUUGCUAAUAUUAAUAUCAAAAGACAUGCUCUUUGUUGCGCUUGUGUCUGCUGUUUAGUCACUUUAAGUGGCUGUUUGUCCUUUUUUUUUCUUCUCGCGUUUGUUCAUCGACUCUGUCUCUCUCUAGAUCAUGUCCCUGUAGCGCUGUCUAGAUAAUUUCAUUGCAGAGUCGGAAACUUUUUGUGACUUCUGUUUCUGGGUUUUGCUUGAUUUGUAUCAUUUCUUUAGUUCAUUGAUUAAUGGAUCAUUCUUUACUCUCUGUUCUUUCCCUUCUAGUCUCUCUUUUUGUCUAUUCUUGUAUAUGCUCUCCUCUAGAAGAUCAACAAAGAGACAAAAUCACAUCUUUACCAGGGCAGCCAGUGAAUGUAGAGUUCAAUCAGUACUCAGGUUAUGUGACUGUGAACCAACAAGCUGGCAGGGCAUUGUUUUACUGGCUGGUUGAGGCACCAACGAGUCGUAGUCCUGAGUCCAGACCACUUGUUUUGUGGCUAAAUGGAGGCCCUGGUUGCUCCUCUGUUGCUUAUGGAGCAGCUGAGGAGAUUGGACCUUUUCGCAUCAGGCCUGAUGGCAAAACUCUUUACUUUAACCCGUACGCUUGGAAUAAGUUGGCAAAUUUGCUGUUCCUUGAAUCUCCAGCUGGUGUUGGUUUUUCAUAUUCAAAUACAUCAUCGGAUUUGUACACGGCUGGUGACCAGAGAACUGCCGAAGAUGCGUACACAUUUCUAGUCAAUUGGUUUGAAAGGUUUCCACAAUACAAAUAUAGAGAUUUCUACAUUGCUGGAGAAAGCUAUGCAGGUCACUAUGUACCUCAGUUGUCUCAAGUUGUUUAUCAAAAGAACAAGGGAAUUAAGAAUCCUGUAAUUAACUUCAAGGGAUUUUUGGUGGGAAAUGCAGUCACUGAUGAUUAUCAUGAUUAUGUUGGCACCUUUGAGUACUGGUGGACCCAUGGUUUAAUUUCUGAUUCCACCUAUCAAACUUUACGCGUCACCUGUGAUUUUGAAUCCUCUACGCACCCAUCAGUAGAAUGCAUCAAGGCUCUCAUGCUUGCAGAGUUGGAGCAAGGGAACAUUGAUCCAUACAGCAUUUUCACACAGCCUUGCAAUAACACUGCAGCAUUGAGGCACAAUCUAAGGGGUCAUUACCCAUGGAUGUCCAGAGCAUAUGAUCCCUGCACAGAAAGGUACUCUAAAGUGUACUUCAAUCACCCUGAAGUCCAGAAGGCACUCCAUGCAAAUGUAACUGGGAUCCCAUACCCAUGGAAAACAUGCAGUGAUAUUGUUGGAGACUACUGGGCAGAUUCUCCACUUUCCAUGCUUCCUAUAUAUAAAGAACUCAUUGCUGCAGGUCUAAGGAUAUGGGUCUACAGUGGAGAUACUGAUGCAGUGGUUCCUGUGACUGCAACUCGAUACUCCAUUGAUGCCUUAAAGCUACCAACUAUUAUCAAUUGGUAUCCUUGGUAUGACAACGGAAAGGUUGGCGGGUGGAGCCAAGUAUACAAAGGGCUGUCUUUCGUAACGGUAACCGGAGCAGGACACGAGGUUCCACUCCAUCGCCCUCGACAAGCAUUUAUUCUUUUCAGAUCAUUUUUGAAGAACAAAUCCAUGCCUGGCCAAAGCUUUUAGUCCUCCAUUCAUCAAUCUCCGGUGAAUAAACAAGUCAAAAUAAUAGAAUUGUUCAUAUACAGGGACCGGCAAAUGACAGAAUAAGAGAAGCAUUCCUCUCGAGUGCCCCUCCAUUCUUCCUUCAAGUGCAUCAUUUCUAUAUUUGAAGUUGUAGCCUAUUCAUAUGUAAGAAACUAUUCUUUAUAGUAACUCAAUUAUUUAAACUGUAAGUUUUGACCACAGCAUUGUACUCAUUUGCAAGAGAUUUAUAGGUAAUGGAGUUAAAACGUUUGUGCCCUAA